GGUCAUGUGAACAUUGCGGAUUGUAUUGAGGGCUUUUAACACUUCCAGAUAAAGCUCUAUUCACAUCUGGCACUGACACAGCACAUUCAGAGGUGCACCUUUCCCAUCGCGUUGCUCACAUGAAGGUCAGAGGAUGCACUGGGUCUGUGGAGAGGACACUAAAGUUAUUUCUAACCAUCCGCGAAAUGAGGACUGGCGGUCUGCUGUGCGCGGUGGGACUUUGUCUGUUAAAUGCGGCUUUAUCUGUUAAGAUCUGCGCUUUUAACGUUCAGAGCUUUGGAGAAGCAAAGGCCAACAACAAGAAAGUUAUGGGGAUUCUACUGAAGAUUCUUUCCCGAUGCGACUUGUGUCUCGUUCAGGAGGUCCGCGACUCCAAAGGGCGAGCAAUACAAGCCUUGGUGAAAGAUCUUAACAGGUUUGACAAACUCAACUCGUACUCCCAUGUGGAAAGCGAGAGACUGGGAAGGAAAACCUACAAGGAGCAGUACGUCUACAUUUACAGAAACAAUGUGCUGACGGUGAAGGAGCAGUAUCAGUAUCCGAAAUUCGAGGAGAAGGAAGCCAAUUCCACUGAAGUCUUUUCCAGAGAACCGUUCAUUGUUCGCUUUUACUCGCCUACUACACUCAUGAAGGAUCUGGUUUUAAUCGGCCAGCACACCAGUCCCAAAAGUGCCAUGAAAGAGAUGGAUGAGUUGUAUUUCGUGUUCAAAGAGAUCUACAAGAAGUGGAAGACCGAGAAUGUGAUGAUCUUGGGUGACCUGAACGCCGCUUGUGGCUACGUCACCAUCAAAGGCUGGCGAGGCGUCCGCCUGAGAAGCGACCCCAAAUUUCGGUGGCUGAUCGGGGACGAGCAGGACACGACCGUUCGGGAGAAGACGCGCUGUGCGUACGACAGGAUUAUCGUCCACGGACGCGAGUUGAUUUCCAAAAUAGUGCCCGGCUCUGCUCGACCGUUCAACUUUAAGGAGAAUUUCAAUCUGACAGAGGAUGAGGCCCUAGCCGUGAGCGACCACUUCCCCGUCGAGGUCGACCUGAAGACCAAACAUCAUUAUCUCUUGCGCAGUGAGCUGUAAAUGAAGAGCUGUUUGGGAUCAGCUCUACUUUCAUUUUUUAAUUUUUUUUUAGCCUUUUAAUGAAUUUAAAUCAUGAUUUAGAGUGUGCUACCUGUUGUCAAACCAAAUACAGUACGGUCAUUUUUUUAAUAGGGUGCCAUUUGUGUCCCUAGUAUAAAUGAAGCUGUAUUUUCAUCAGAGUUGGAUAAAUACGGUAUUUUUCGGUUGAUCAGUUGCAGUUUUUUUCAAUUUGGCCGGGGGGUGCGACUUAUAAAUUAUUAACACGUUAUCAUCGCAAUUCUUGACCCACUAUUUGAUACACAAAACAUUUUAUUUUAAACGUGAAGAAUAAUUUACUUAUACAGGUAGUUCCUACGCUGUCGACAUUUCCCAAAUUUGCGCAUAAAUCGGAAUUAACCCAUUAAGUACCUAUAUAUCUCAAAAUGACUAUCCAAAAAGUAGAAAAGUAGUAUAUGUAAUAUAUGUUUGUGCAUGCAUUUGUAAUUAAGUUUAGAGCUACAGCUUGUGGAGUUACGUGUGAGCGAUUUAAGACUUCCCUAUUUAAAGUCAUUUUAGCUGUUAUGCUAGCAAAACAAGGCUAACUUUAGCAUACAAUGUCUUUUAGUGGCCAAAUGGCACCCUAUAAAAAUAUGCCCCUACAAAAGUUUUAACCUAUUUUAUGAAGAACUGCAUAUCACAUGAUGCAAAUUUGCGAAACAGCAAUGGUUCCUCUACUGUUGUUUUUUUUUUACCUAUUUAUAAUAUCAAAAUAUAGAUUGUGUUUUGAAGGGAAACCUCUUAAAUUGAGAAUGGGAGGUUGUCAUUUGAGCUGCUUUUUUAUGGAGGUAGAUUUGUGUCGUUAUCAUUCAAUCAAAAAAAAAAAAAAAGUUGAUUCAAUAAAAAAAAGAGUCGCUUCAA